AAUGAUGAAUCGACCAGAUGAUGACGACAGUGAACAAGCAGAGCGCAAAGAUUUCUACAAUGAGCGAAUGGAGGCUAUGGAACGUGACUUCCGCUCCUUCAAGGAGAAAAUGGAGAUGGAUGUGCGACAAGCCACUGACUACAAGGAAUCAAUCCAGCAGCUCCAAGGCCGAGUCACCGAGCUCGAAACCAUCCGCGCGCGCCUGGAGAUUGUGAACAAGGGGCUCGAGACAGAACUCAACGAUAGCCGUACCAGUCUCAAAUCAGUCAAGAUGGAACUGGAAAUGGCCCAGCAGAAACACACAUAUGAAGUUGAUGACGUACGACGGAGGUUGCGCAACGAAGUUGAAGACUUGGAAUCGCGACACCGAAAAGACACAGACCGGUUGGAACGGGAACGAGACGAGGUAGAGAGAAAGACACGCAUGGAAUUCGAGGCACGGAUCGACAAGUUAUUGAAAGAGCACGAGGAGGAGAUUCAAGUGUUGCGCAAGAAGCUCGACUCGGACUCUGAAGCGGAGCGGAGCAGGCGCGCACAAGAGGCCCAAAAGAUUGAGGAAGAGUAUGCUUCCAAACUCCGAGCUGCCGCUCUAGAUGCAGAUGUCAAGCAACGCGAAGCACAGCUCCUGCAAGGCGAGCUCACCAACGUCAAGUCAGAACUCGAUCGCGAAAGAACCCUCAAGACUGGCCUCCAGAACCAACUAACAGAAGCAACAACACACAAUCUUACGCUGGAGGCAGCGAACAAGGCUAUGAAAGAGAAGAUUAACUUUCUCGAGUCUGACAGUCAGGCGCAGUCGUCUGCCUUCAACGACCUUCACAAGAGAAUGCAAGAUGCCAUUGAGGCUGCGGAAAGAGCACACGACAAACUCCGACAAGAAGAGACAUUGCGCCGGAAGCUCUUCAACCAAGUCCAGGAGCUCAAGGGCAACAUCCGGGUUAUGUGCCGUGUGCGGCCAGCGCAUGCUACCGAGAGGGACCCGGCGCAGAUUUCCUUCCCCGAUAACGACACCGACAGCAAGGAAGUUGCCAUCACCGGUCCAAGCAAGCAGAGCGCAACUGGCAAGGACAUUACUGCCUCAUACUCGUACUCGUUUGAUCGUGUGUUCGGACCGAUGUCCCAGAACGGAGAGGUUUUCGAGGAGAUUAGCCAGCUUGUACAGAGCGCUCUCGAUGGCUACAACGUGUGCAUCUUCUGUUACGGUCAGACUGGAUCUGGAAAGACACACACCAUGUCAUCAGCUGAUGGUAUGAUCCCGCGUGCCACCGCUCAGAUUUGGGAUGAAGCGCAGCGGCUGCAAGAAAAAGGCUGGCGAUACACAAUGGAGGGUUCGUUCAUCGAAGUCUACAACGAAACGUACAAUGACCUGCUUGGUCGGUCAGAAGACCUGGAUAAGAAAAAGGUCGAAGUUCGACACGACCCUGUGAAGAAGCAGACUAACCUGGACAACGCCGUGAGUGUGAUGUUGGAUGGCCCUGGCCGUGUCGAGGAGAUUCUUGAAACGGCCAGCAAGAACAGGACUGUGGCUGCUACAAAAGCCAAUAUGCGAUCGAGCCGAAGUCACUCGGUCUUCAUUCUGAGGCUCGUUGGCACCAACGAGAUUACGGGUGAACGGAGCGAGGGAACACUCAACCUAGUCGACCUUGCAGGAUCUGAGCGACUCGAGCACUCCAAGGUCGAAGGCGCACGCCUAAAAGAAACACAGAACAUCAACAAGAGUCUGAGCUGUCUGGGCGACGUAAUCAACGCUCUCGGCUCAGCAAAAGAAGGCGGUCACAUUCCGUACAGAAACUCAAAGCUUACCUAUCUCCUCCAAUACUCGCUCGGCGGCAACUCCAAGACUCUCAUGUUUGUCAUGGUUAGCCCGCUCCAGGCACAUCUGCAGGAAACGAUUACCAGUCUCAAGUUUGCGACAAAGGUGCACAAUACGCAUAUUGGUACUGCGAAGAAGCAGACUAAGACUUCGUGA